AGGUAUAAAGCCUUCAUUGGGGCAUGAUAAAGAAGCAAGUGAGAGUGAGAUAUUAGAUGCUUUGAGACUAUCAAAGGAACCAAUGCAUAUAACACAUUUAUUUAAUGUGUGCAGCUUUCAUCAUAGGCUCCCAGGAUUAGUUAACAUUGGUUUAGCAUCAGUAUAUCCUAAUUUACCAGAAUAUACUGACAUAAUACCGCCAACUGUUGAAGUAAUAGGAGACUUGGCACACGUGCAUCCAUUGACACUGUCAGUAUUACUAGAGGCAAGAGGGUAUGAGAGUGUUUGUUUUAUUACUGACUCAAUUUAUCAUUCAAAUCAACCUGGAGAGACCAUCAACUACAAUGGAAGACAAU